AUGGGUGGUGUCACCGUUCGCGAUGUCGACGCGCAGAAGUUCAUCGCUGCUUACUCUGCUUUCCUGAAGCGUCAGGGAAAGCUCCCCAUUCCUGGAUGGGUUGACACUGUCAAGACCUCCGCCUCCAACGAGCUCCCUCCCCAGGACGCCGACUGGUACUACAUCCGCGCCGCCGCCGUCGCUCGCCACAUCUACAUGCGCAAGACCGUCGGUGUUGGCCGUCUCCGCAAGGUCCACGGUUCCACCAAGAACCGCGGCUCCCGCCCCGCCCACCACGUCGAUGCCUCCGGCUCCGUCGACCGUAAGGUCAUGCAGUCCCUCGAGAAGAUCGGUGUCCUCGAGCACGAUGAGGAGAAGGGUGGCCGUCGCAUCACCCAGAGCGGCCAGCGUGAUCUUGACCGUAUCGCCAAGACCACCGUUGACGAGGAGGAGGACGAGGAGUAA